AUGACAAAUAUGUCAAAACAAGGUGGAGGUGCCCAACUAACUAGACAAGCUAAAUUAAUAAUAUGGGAUGAAGCACCAAUGGCUAAGAGACACAUAAUUGAAACUGUAGACAGAAGUUUCCGUGAUAUAAUGGAUAAGGACGUCCCUUUUGGAGGAAAAAUCAUGGUAUUUGGAGGAGACUUCAGACAAGUUUUACCUGUGGUGACAAAAUCUACAAAAGCAGAGACGGUAAAUGCAAGUUUGGUGAGGUCGUAUUUGUGGUCUUUAAUGGAAAGGAUACAACUUUCAACUAAUAUGCGAGCAAGAACAAAUCAAACUUUUAGUGACUUCUUACUUCGUAUUGGUAACGGAGAAGAAAACACAAUAAAGGAUAAUUUAAUAGCACUUCCAAAACAAAUGACUGUCCAACAAAGUGGGGAUAUUAAUCCUGAAGAAUCUUUGGUUCUUGAAAUAUUCCCAGAACUCGAAUAA